AUGCUUUUGCUCAGAAGGUCGUCCAACUACGCUAGGCACAUCGGCGCCAGGAGUCUAAGGAAUGCAAGACACGGCAACCGCUACAUUUUGCUUGCCUUCUUCAGCUGCUUGACCCUCCUCUUGCGUGCGCUGACCGGGGCUGGAUAUCAAGAGCAGAUACCUAUUGCACAGAAUCAAUCAAUUCUUCGCAAAAUACGCAUUCGCUCGCGGGAAGGGAUCGAGAUGGGUUGGGAGCGCCUUGGAAGACCCGGUCUGGGCAUCUGGCACGAGGUUGUCGGUGAAGUCGUCAAGAGAGAGCAAUCUCUCAAAGGCAACUGGGUGCAUCCCGCUCUCGACGCGUGGAAGCAUCGCGCAGAAGAGUUUGGAAAGUUUCACGUCGAGGAACAUGCAGACGUCGAAAUGGUCGAACAACAUCUAAUGGACGAAGAUGAAGAGCUCUUUGCUGCGUCCCACACGUACCAUGAAGCCCUCUCAGCCAUCCCCGGGGGUGCAUAG